AUGCAGAUUUUUGUGGGUGAUUCGGCUUAUGUGGUCGACGCCGCGGCUUCGGUCGAGAGCUUCAAGCUCAUGGUCGAGAACCGCGAGUUUAUUCCCGCUGGUCAGUUCCGUUUGGUUCGUGGCGGCGACGUCUUGGAAGGUGGAUCCCUCGAGGCUAACGGUGUUUCGGACGAUGAUGAACUCACCAUGAUGCUCGAGGUUCCCGCCGGUAUGCGUCGCAAGUGGCGUAAGAAGCGCAUGCGCCGUCUUCGUCGCAAGCGCCGCAAGAUGCGUCAACGUGCCCGUUAA